GUGACCUCGCCCCCUCACCCCUGUGCUCCUAUGAUAUAUAAUCAGUCUCAUUCGCUCACAGAGAGCCGCUGCAGUCACAGGAACCAGAGCUCAGCUCCUCAGGAUGACGGGGUUCAACCUGCAAACUCUGAUCACAUGUCUGCUGUUGUCUUCAGCAGCAAUUGGGUCAGACCCUUCUCGCUCUUCUGCCGUCGCCUUGGUGACCAGUCCUCCAGAACACCAUAAUCGACGCAAAUCCACGACCUCCUCGUCUCCAGAGACAACAUCCUCCGCCAUAGCUGGGUCUGACAGUAGCUCUCCAACAUCUCCGUCAUCAUUCACUGAAAUGUCUCAGACAACAGAAUCUACACCCAUCACACUCUCCACCGCCCCGGACACCAGCAGUACCAUCAGUACUGACUCCACCGCCAUCUCCAUCAGCACCACGGACCCACAAAGCCCAAGUGGUGCCACCAGUGGCGUCUCUGACAUCACAUACACAUCCAUGACCCCCGGCACGUCUGAGACCACAGACGGUCCUACCAGAACCACCUCAGACCCAAUACCCUGCUUUACUGACACAACCAGAACCAGCGCAACAACCUCCACCAGCAGCUCCAUGAACACCUCCAGCACCACCGUAGCACAGGAGGGACAGAUGCCCAGGGCUCUGAGUUCAGGAAGUGUUGCUGCUAUCGUCUGCGUGUUCAUCCUGAUGGUGGUGGUGGUGUUAGGAGGACUGUACUAUCACAAGUUCAAGCGAGAAUCAUACGGCCCUCUGCUGGAGAGCAGCGACUACGGUACCUUAGGGAACUUCAGCAACCCCAUGUAUGAUCCUUAGAUUGUUGGGACACCUGGAAGUUCUGCAGCCUGAGCCGUUCCGACCACGAUGUGUAGCUGAGAUGUUCCGGAUGGACAUUUGUCCUUUUAGGACCUGUGGCUGAGUAGCCCGACUGGUUAUGGAGGAAAACGCUGCAGCUGUGGCUGCAGAGGUUGGUCGUCUGAUCAAAGUUACAGAAGGCCAGGUUUUUCAGCAAUAUUACGACUAGAUGUGUUGGUCGUGUUUUCACCAAGGCCAUGGUUUCUGGCUCCUCGGGUAUUAUUCAGACAAACUCUGAGAUGCGUAAUCCUAAUUUUCAACGCCCAAAGCAACAAGGGGUGCACAUUAAACUUUGUAAAGCCUAAAGUCCGUUUCUAUAACAGCAACUGUCAGUAUCUGAAACAGAAUUAGUCAUUAAGAUCUUCCAGGAUGUUUGGCAAAAUUUGCCUCCGUUAAUUAUUGUAAACAACAUUUUGUGCGAUCCGUGUUUUUUCAAUUCGUACACUGUAAAGAACUGAUGAUAACUAAUAAUAAUCCCAGAUUAGAUUUUAUGUGAAAAGUUGUCGACACACUGAUAAUAAAGGUGCAUUCUUGCUGAGAUAAGAUCAUUUUCAGCACGUUUAUUAGCUGAGGGUGUUUUCUUACUCAGAACAUUUUCUUAGUGCAGUUAAAACUAAACGAUUGGCCCGUGCGGCGGCGUGUUUGCAUACGAAAAGGUUCUCCGACGUAAACAUGCUCUCACUGAAACAUAGUUUGUUUAGUUUGUUCUUUGAAUAUGAAUAAAAACACAUCUUCAGAUGUUUUUUAUUAUAAUCUGUUUAACAAGUGACAUCAAAUCGGAACAUUUUCCACAAAUCUAAACGACAGCAGCAGUUAGAUGAUACAAUCAUUUAAAUGUUUAAGUAGAAACGGUGUGAGACACCGGCCGUGCUGAAGGAGUUUAGACUGAACGCACUUACAGCUCGUUUUAAUGGGUUUCAGUUACUAAAGCACGAAAACAUUUAAACUCAUCAGGAUCCGUUUCAGGUUCACUUUAGUCGUUUUCUUUUGUGUUCAGGUGUGAAUUUAAUUGUUUGUGGAUUUGACGUUCAUGAUUGUUGACGUAUAAAUAAUGUAAUCUUUAUUUUUGUUACAAUUUGUGUGAAAAAUGAAGCAGUUUUUGAUGCUGUGUGUGUGUGUGUGCGUGCGUGUGUGCGUGCGUGCGUGCGUGCGUGUGUGUGUGUGUGUGUGUGUGUGUGUGUGUGUGUGUGUGUUGAAAUAAUAUGUGCAAUAAAAGAAUGAAGAAUCUA